CUUCCUUUCUGCACUUAUGAUCUGUGUUUUUUUCCCCUUUUUUUUUCCUUGAAGUUCUUUUGGUUGGCAAGAUGAAUCUCUCUCUCUCUGCAUUUCUUAGCCGAUUAAUGAAAAUAACUUUGAGACAGCGCUUGAAAGCUUAAAUCUUUCUUAGAGCUCGCUUUGAGAGAGCCUCAUGUACUGUAGUUUUCAGCGAUCAAAGAGAAUAUUGGAGGAAUUUUAUUUUGGUCUUCCAUGUAGAAAUAAAAAACGCUCGGAUAAUAAUGAUACGACAAUAAUGUCUGUGAAACAUGGAAAGCAAACCAUUUAGUCUCUUCAGAGUUCCACAUUUGAAUCCUUUGAGGCCUGUGCAUGAAAGUUGCAGAAAAUCCCAGAUGAUUGGGUGCAACACUUGAAUGCAUUACCAAGGAACGUUGUACUUCAGAAUCGAAUGGGAAAUGUUUGGCGUAUUAAAAUGAGACAUACUGACAAUGGGGUAUUUCUUUUGAAUGGUUGGCAAAAGUUUGUGGAAGGUAAUUCCUUAGAAUUUGGAGAUAUUCUAAUAUUUCAACAUAUUGGUGAUGGUAGAUUCGAGGUUAAGAUUUUGGGAAAAUCUUGCUGUGAGAAGAGUGAAACUGGUCCUCUUGUGGGUAUUGAGAUAAAGGAGCAGGAACAAGAGGAUGAUCAUGAAACUGUUGAUGUUGGUAUAGACCUUGAUGAUGAUCAUACUAGUGAUAGUGAUGAUAGUGAAGAUAAUGUUGAAGAGGAGGAGGAAAUAGAAGAAGAAGCAUCAGAAGUUAUAGCUUCAUUGCAUAAGAGAGGCAAGAGGAUUUGUGGGAAUGAUGGUAACCAUGGAGACAGAUCCAAGAAGAGUGCCGGUGUCAGGGCAAGGGUGCCCCGAGAAUCUAUCAGUGUCUUGACCAGCAAGGAAGUUAAACAAUAUGUUAAUGAUCAAAAUCCCUACUUUGUGACAAAGCUAAGUGAAACCAGGAAAAACCUACUGUUUGUUCCAUCUUAUGUGUUGAAAGAUUUUGGAAUUCAAUUGGCUGAACAAGUAACCUUCCUUGAUGAGUUGGAGAGGAAAUGGCCUGGAACAGUUAUGUACUGGAAGGAUGGUCGAAUCUGGAUUAAAGGAUGGAGACAAGUCUGCCGGUGGAACGAUGUGCAAAAAGAUGAUCAUUGCAUAUGUGAAUUUCCACUAGCAACUGGGAGAAGCAAUAUAAUUCUGGUGCAUAUUGUCCGAGGUGUUGGUUCACAGAGCCAACCUGCCAACCAAGAACCAAGUCAGGCUGGCCAGUGAAGUAGAGGUUACAGUCUAAUUUAAGUUUCCACAUCAAGCUCUCAAAUGUUUAUGUAAAUAUUUGUGCUUUCAAUGGCAAAAAGUGUUUUGAAGUGAACAAGCUUUAGAGUUUUUCAUUGGUCACUGCUGUCAAAGGUUGGGCAAGGCACACGUUAGUUAGAAAUAGGAUCUUGUCAAAUUUCAGUGUUAUAAAGUUUCUACAACUAUUUACUUUGUUAUAUGUUAGGAGCAAUGUUUACUUCUCCCGCAAAUGGAAACAACAAGGGCAGAAGAGUCAAGCAGACACAAGUAGCAAAAUCAUGAAAAUGACAAAUGGUAGCAAGAGCAAAGAAGAAGAGAAAACUGGACCACCAAAAGAGAAGGCUGGAACGUGGCAAGAAGAGAGCAUGGGAGAGAGUUAUGCAAAGGAAACAAAAGCUGGAAGGGAAUCGGCAGAGAAUCAAGAAUUCAGAAGCCAAGAAAGGGUUUAGAGAGAGAUAGCCGGCCUCUCGAAAGCCUGGCAGUUGUUUACUGUUUAAUUGUAAAGAACCCAAAUACUGAUACGAAAGUUGUACCUGGAUUUUGAGGAAUAAAAGCUUUUUUGAUAGUUCAUUAAA